AUGGCCCAAGAAGGUGGCAAUGAUGAAGAAAAGUGGUGGCUGUGCAUCGACAAGACUGGAACACUAUGCAGAACAAAAAAUGUUGUAAGCGAUCCAGCAUGCAUGGUGAUCAUGGAACCCAACUCCGGAAACCAGGACUGGACCAACAAGUACUGGACCACCCAUAUCAUUGGAGCUGCAUCUGGAGCUACCGUCUAUAAAGCUUCCUUCUAUCCGGACUUCGAGACUUUGGAAGCUUUGCCUGAUUACGAAACCUUUGUAGCCAUCAAAGUCUUCAAGGCCAAACAAACAACUGAGAUACAGAAGCUGAAGCAAGAACUCCAACACAGUGCCUUUCUUGCUGGUCAUCCUCACCCCAACAUAAUCCGAAUCAAAACCGAAUUCGCUGUCGGUGAUAAUCUUUAUGUCGUGAUGCCUUUCAUGGCUUGGGGUUCCCUUCAAUCCAUUAUAUCUUCUCGCUUCCCAGAGGGUUUUCCCGAAGAAUGCGUCCGCAUAGCUCUCAGAGAAACCCUAAAGGGCUUAUCAUAUAUCCAUCGGAUGGGCCAGCUUCAUAAAAAUGUGGACGCCAGGUACAUCUUUCUUUGCCCAUAUACGCCAGCUAUAAAGCUCGCCUUUGCAGCAUCCCUCUACGAACAAAAUACCAACUUCCUUGGUCAUGGACCCUCUUAUGCCAUGCCUCACUGUAUGUGGCCAGCACCCGAGGCCAGUCUGAAUUACACUAGCAAGGCUGACGUAUGGCUUGUUGGCAUCACUGCAUUGCAGCUGGGAUAUGGACUAAGAGUAGCCAAUCAUAACAGUAUGGUUGCCAUGGUCAAGAAUUUGAGAGGAAAUUACCCAAUGGAAGACCAAAAGUUCUCCAAAUCUUUUAAGCAUUUGGUGGCCCUAUGCCUAGAUCCAAACCCAUCAAGACGGCCACAGCCAGACCAGCUGCUAAGGCAUAGAUUCUUCGGUAACUGUCAGGAUGUUUGUUACUUUUCAAAUAUGGUAAAGCCACCAGAACAACAGAAUGGAAGAAAUUUGGAGGUACGAAGAUCAUGA